AUGGAUAUAUUCUGUGGAAGGGUUCUUGUCAACAAGGAUGGUGAGGUAGUAGAUGCUGAGGAAGCUUUGCAGAACAAGAUUGUUGGCAUUUAUUUUUCAGCUGGAUGGUGCUCCCCCUGCAGAGAUUUCACACCCAUAUUAUGUGACUUUUAUACAGAAUUGCUUGAGGAAUCAGAUCCCCCUGCACAGUUUGAAAUUGUAUUUAUCUCUUCGGACAAAAGUGCAGGAGACAUGGUGGAAUACAUGCAUGCCAUGCACGGAGAUUGGCUAGCCUUACCUUGGCAUGACCCCUACAAACAUGAACUUAAGAACAAAUACAAGAUAACUGCUUUACCAAGACUGGUGAUAGUGAAACAAAACGGGGAUGUGAUUACCGACAAAGGAAGAAAGCAGAUAAGAGAUAAAGGCCUUUCAUGCUUCCGAACUUGGCUCGAAGUGGCAGAUGUUUUCCAGAACUUCACCAGCAAAUAG